AUGGACCAGAUGAUGGGGUUGCUCAAGGUGCGGGUCGUCAGGGGCAAGAACCUCGUUGUCCGGGACGUCCGCGCCAGCGACCCCUACGUGGUGAUCAAGAUGGGUGAUCAGGUUUCCCCUCUUCCUCCUCCCCCUCUCCUUUAUUCUCUCUCUUACCCCUCUCUCUCUCUUUAUCUCUCUAUCUAUCUGUCCAUCUAUCUAUCUAUCUAUCCAUCUCUGAUGGAAUCGAUCCCUCUCUGUUUCUUCCGUCUCUGGGGUUGCGAUGCAUCCAUCUACUAUCUUGUUAGGUUUCUAGGGUCGGUGCAUCUCUGGUCGACUAGCACUGCGAUAGUCUCCCUGACUCUGUGAAUUCCACACUGCUCAGAAGCUAUUGGCCUCGAUCUGCUGUGGCGGGGAAAAUCUAUCUGAUGAACGCUCGUGGAUAAUAAUCCCCUUGGUUCAAUCGCCAGAAUCAUUUCUUCCGACAUUUCAGUUAGGGAAAUUUCCUGGGAAAAUUGGUCCCAUGGGAAAUUAUAAUCGUAUGCCAACAUCUGAAUGGAUUGUCCUUCAGUAUCCAUUUCACUCUCGAGAUCAGCUUCUGUAGGUUCUUCCUCUUCCUCGCAUAUGUUCUCUCUGUUUUCCAUCUGUAGACCAGAUCUUCUCAAAUUUUCUUGUCUGAAUUUGGUCGUCCAUAUUGUGUACCUCACUAAUCUCGCGCUGAGACUUGGUUGGCAGAUGAAUCGUAUUUAUGGUGGAUUAUAGAUUUAACAUCCAGACAUUUAUGGGGCACAUUUAUUUUUCUAUGAAAAAUUAGACGAGUUAAUAACUUCAUUUUGGAGCGGAUAACUCUGAAGAACAUGGAAAUCUUCUGUGGACGACCAUCUGAGAUGUGGCUUCUUCUCCUUGAAAAUUGCUAACUAAGGCAAGGACCGAUUUUUUUUCUGAUGGGGAAUUAACUGGUGCAACAGGUGUGAACAAUAAACCGCAGAUGUAAACAUUUCGACAAAAUGAAAUAAAGCUUACGGUUCUUGAAAAUAACUGACAUAGUUGUAUGGAUAAACCUGGAAAUUUUCUUCGAGUAUUUUCUUAUGAUUUCACUACAAUGUAGUCAUAAAUAUGAUUUUUAUUAUUAAUAUGAAUAUAUACAUAUAUUUAUAUAUUUUUAGACGAGGUAUAAGUUCAUCCUUUUUUUUCAAUUAUUUUUUAUUGCUACUACAUAUUCUGAGACUAAACAUCCAGGUUAGCUUUGAGCCUUCUGAGUUAUUCCUUUUUCGUGGGCUGCUGCUACAUUGGGACAAUAUUUCUUGCUCAUCUCAGCUGGUUUUCUCUGCAGAAAUUGAAGACCCGUGUGGUGAAGAAGAACAUUAAUCCCGAGUGGAACGAUGACCUGACCUUGUCCGUUGUGGAUCCAGCUCAGGCCAUCAAGCUCGUAAGUGGAAUCGCUGGCUAUUCUCUCUUCUUUCUACCCCCGAACUGUGGAACCAAUCUUCCGCGCCAUGAAGAAAUCAGCAGUAAAUUCUUUUUUCCAUAACUAGAAAGAUGUUUCCAUUUCAAUCUCAGAAUCAUAGUAUUUCCAUAGACAUUACGAAAACCCAGAUGACAGCUUCUUUAAAUCUUUCAGAGUUAUCUGAUGGGAGAACUCUCCUCUGGCUUGAACUUGAUAGAGAUCUUGUGGAUCCAACCCUCCACUCCCUGCACGAAUAAGAACUAGUUUUUUUUUUUUGUCACGAUGAGAAAAAUAUUUUCAUCUGGACAGCUCAAUCGGAGUGUUUCCUAAGAUCACAUGAAAACCCAGAUGGUCGCAUCCAUCUUGAGAACAUUCUUGAGUUCUUUUAAGAACAUGUCUCAUGUCUGAACCUGAUGAAGAUCAUGUGGCAUCUCUCUGCUUUCCAUUCCAUGUACAAAAAUUAGCAUAAAAUUUCCAUAAUAUUUCCUCAGAAGAUCAACUCGAUAACCCAGAUGAGAGACCUUUCAGUGUUUUCUCAAGAACUCGGUUUUUUGGGUCCUCAACGAGCUCCUCUCCUUCCAUCCAGGUGGUGUACGACAAGGACACCUUCAGCGUCGACGACCCGAUGGGCAAUGCUGACUUUGAUUUGCGGCCGUUCUUGGAGGCGGUGCAGAUGCGGUCGGCGGGCGCCACCGACGAGGCCGUCGCCAAGAAGGUUGGGCCCGGCCGGAGCAACUGCCUGGCGGAGGAGAGCUCCAUCUACGUGGCCGCCGGCGGGGAGCUCGUCCAGGACGUCGUUCUCAGGCUGAGGGACGUGGAGUCCGGCGAGGUGCAGCUGAGGCUACAAUGGGUCGACCUCCCCAGACCCUCGGUUUUUUGA